GUUUAUUCUGGAAUCUUCGACAACUUUCUACAAACCCAACCUUCCAGAUAACUCUACAAAUCCUCCAAAAUCAAAAGAAAUCCCCUUUGAAUUAUUUCUCUAAUAUUAUGAUUUCUCACCAAUAUAAAUCCACCCUUUUCAUCUAAUUCAAACAUUAACCAAAUACAUUCUUCACACGACAGAGAAAACCCAACAGCGAUAACACUGUUUGUUGCAGAGUAACCCAGAGAAAAAAAAAAAAAAGUGAAGAUAUCUUACAGAAAAUGGGGGUUGAUUAUUACAAAAUUUUAGGGGUUGAUAAGAACGCUAAUGAUGAUGAUUUGAAAAAAUCUUACAGAAAAUUAGCUAUGAAGUGGCACCCAGAUAAGAAUCCGACUAAUAAGAAGGAAGCCGAAGCUAAAUUCAAGCAGAUUUCUGAGGCUUAUGAUGUUUUAAGUGAUCCCCAGAAGAGGGCAGUUUAUGAUCAGUAUGGAGAAGAAGGCCUCAAGGGUGGAGUACCACCACCAGAUGCCGCUGGUGGUGCGACAUUCUUCUCAGCCGGAGAUGGGCCUACUUCGUUCCGGUUCAGUUCACGAAACCCGGAUGACAUAUUUGCUGAAUUCUUCGGGUUUUCAGGCCCGUUUGGUGCUGCUGGUGGCGGUGGUGGUGGUGGUGGCGGUGGCAUGAGAGGCUCUAGGUUCUCAAGUGGUAUGUUUGGUAAUGACAUUUUUGGAAAUUUUGCUGAGAAUGGUGGUGGUGGCGACCACCCAAUGCACUUUCAAAGCACUCCUCGGAAGGCACCACCUAUUGAGAGCAAAUUGCCUUGCAGUUUAGAAGACCUAUACAAGGGGACUACUAAGAAAAUGAAAAUUUCAAGAGAGAUUGCUGAUGCGAGUGGGAAAACUAUGCCUGUACAAGAAAUUCUAACCAUUGAAAUAAAGCCUGGGUGGAAGAAGGGAACAAAGGUUACAUUCCCUGAGAAAGGAAACGAGCAGCCAGGAAUAUCCGCAGCAGAUUUAGUAUUUGUAAUUGAUGAGAAGCCACACAAGGUGUUCACUCGAGAUGGCAACGACUUAGUUGUUACUGAGAAGAUAUCAUUGGUUGAAGCAUUAACAGGUUACACUGUCCAUCUAACAACCCUUGAUGGCAGAAAUCUUACUAUCCCUAUCAACAAUAAUGUUAUUCAUCCAAACUACGAGGAAAUUGUCCAAAAGGAAGGAAUGCCUUUACCAAAAGAACCAAGUAAAAGGGGAAAUCUGAGGAUCAAGUUUGACAUCAAGUUCCCUACUCGGUUGACCUCUGAACAGAAAGCCGGAGUUAAAAAACUAUUUGGUCAAUCAUGAAUCGACAUCAACCUACAUUGCGCCUAUCUUGUUAUGUAAAGGCUUGUAGCCUGAGGUCAUGUUUGAUGUUGAGUUUAAUGAAAACGGGAGGAUUCGAUCUUGAACACAUAGAUUGACAAUUUGAUGAUACAAAAAUCUAUUCAGUUAUCAAGUGGUUUUGUAGUAGGAGUUAUAAUAUUGAAUGUAGACUAAAAAUGUCAUAAACUGUAAGUUUUUAAGUUGCUAAAUAACGUACAGAUUUUAUUCAGUGAA